GUAAUGAAGUUCGAUGAGCAGCAUGUGAGUUUACGUGAAACUACAACUACGUACCUGCAUCUUUCGACACUGCGCGAUACGCCUGAGAAACAUAAUCACACCCCAAAGCCCCCAUGGAAAAGUACAAACAUGAGAAGCAAUGAUGCAACUCGACUGAUGCAUUAUGAGUCGUUUAGCCCAGAAAAGUAUGUACACAAUGGCAGAGGAGGGGAAAGGACCGCAUUAGACUUUGGAACCAACUGGGCUUCGCUACCAGAAUUCGACAAUUGGCGAGCCUGGAACAUGUCGGAGGCAGCGAGAUUAAGAGAAGAGUGUGUCAAGAUGCAUCCGAUUCUUUCCCCUGCAGCGUCUUCUUCGGACCAAUUUUCAAGAAGCCGGCUAGGUAAGUACGUACGCGUUAUCUCCCUUCCCACCAUGUUCAUCGGAGGAUCCCGAACUCUCCCGUAGCACCUGCAAGCUGCAUUUGCUUCACGUCAGGCCAACCGUCCUCACUAUCCAGC